UGAGAGCUCGUGUUGUGGUUAGGAAGAUUCUUCAAUCACUAUGUCAACUGACACAGAUGUUUCUCUUUCUUCAUAUGAUGAAGAUCAGGGAUCUAAACUUAUCCGAAAAGCUAGAGAGGCACCGUUUGUCCCCAUUGGAAUGGCGGGCUUUGCAGCAAUUGUUGCAUAUGGAUUAUAUAAAUUGAAGAGCAGGGGAAAUACUAAAAUGUCUGUUCACCUGAUCCACAUGCGCGUGGCAGCCCAAGGCUUUGUUGUGGGAGCAAUGACCCUUGGUAUGGGCUAUUCCUUGUAUCAAGAAUUCUGGGCAAAACCAAAACCUUAGAAGAAGAGAUGCUGUCGUGGUCUUAUUGGUGGUGCUUGCUUUAGUUAGACGUCUCAUAUUGAGGUUAUAUGUUUAUGUUGAAAAUAAAUCAUUUGAGGGGUCAGAUAAGAA